CUAGACCAUUUCUUGGGAAGGAUAUAUUCAUAAGUGACGGGCGUUUUUUCCUUCUCGUAGCUAUCAAUAAGUUUCUCGUUUGGGAAAGCAAACAAUCAUCAACCGAAAUCAAAAGAUUCUCGAGCAAAAAUCAUAAACAUGUCUUACGGAGGAGACGACUCAUCAAACGACCGCUACGGCGCCGGGGCCCGGCCGCAAGGAGGUACCUCUUACGGCGGUGGUAACAACAACGACAACAAUUCAUAUGGUGGCCGCAACAACAACCAAGACAGCUACGGUAGUGGAGGCCGUCCACAAGGAGGUAACUCCCACGGCGGCGACAACGAUUCAUACAGCGGAGGUGGUCGACCUCAGGGCGGCAACUCAUACGGCGGCGGAAACAACAACAACAACAACAACGACUCCUACGGUAGCGGUGGCCGACCCCAAGGUGGAAACUCGUAUGGCGGUGACAGCGACUCCUACGGUAGCGGAGGUCGGCCGCAAGGCGGCAACUCGUAUGGCGGCGGAAACAGCAACAACAACGAUUCCUACGGAAGUGGUGGUCGUCCUCAAGGCGGCUCAUCCUAUGGAGGCAGUGGUAACAAUGACUCCUAUGGCAGCCAGGGUGGAAACAACUACGGCGGCAAUGACAACAACAGCCGCCCGCAGCAGCACAACUCAGGGGGUGACAACUACGGCAGCAGUGACUCACGCCCUGGCCGACCUGGUCAGACAUACGGUGGAUCGGAUGACUUUUCCGGCGCACAGCAGCAGGCCAGCCAACACGCAGGCAACUCUGCCGACAGCGACAUUUUCAGCAGUGUCCUGGGCAUGCUGACUGGCAAGCAUUCACAGCUUCAGAAUGAAGAUGUUGACGAACAAGCUGCGGUUCAAAACCACCAGCAAUUCUACGGCAACAACAACGGCGGUAACUCUGGUGGCUCCGCCAGCUCUGGAAGCAUUGGUAGCGCCGCCGCCAUGCAAGCCUUGAAGAUGUUCACCCAGGGCGGCAGCAGCGGUGGCAACAGCAGUGGCAGCAGUGGUGGUGGCCAGAACGCGCUCAUUGGUAUCGCCAUGGGUCAGGCGGCGAAGUUGUUCGACCAACAGUCGGCUCAGGGCAAUGCCCAGGGCUCAAAGCAGGAUGCCGUCGCUAGUGCAGCUCAGAUGGCUCUCAAGCUGUUCAUGAAGAGCCAGAUGGGCGGCGGUGGAGCAGCUGCUGGAGGAAGUGGUGGAGGAGCCAGCGGUCUGUUGAGCCUGGCGAGCAAAUUCUUGUCGUAAGCGAGAUGAUUCCCAGAUGAAGCAAAAAGAGAGCUCGCUUUUGUUAAAUCGUAACAGCAAAUGAACUGGCGAUAUACUGCUUGGUGCAUGAUGUCUGAGCUGAAAAUCUCUAUUGACUCCCGUAAAAAUUCCAAUGACUAUAGAUUGCCAAGAUAGCUGAGAAUUGUUGCGUCUGAAUGGUGAACUCGUGCCAUGGUCCCUGGGUGCGGUUGACUCGCUCUGCAGUGUGAUCAUUUACCAAAGAGUUGACAUGCGCGUUGCUGGGCAUAUAGUUCUAUCUUCAAUUGACCGAGUUCAAAAGUUGUAAAUCGUUUCAACCGUGGAAUUCUUUGCAACCUAGGUAGUCACUUGAAAUAUUUUCAGGAGCAGUACACAAAAGAGGUAGGUUGCAGUACGUGUGUGGAGAAACG